AUGCCCUCGGCAGGGCCCAAGGCGGUGGUCUUUGCCCAGGCGGCUCUGGCGGCCGUCGUGGCCUCGCUUGUUGACGGCCUCGUCUGCUUUGCUGCCGCCAGCGAUCCGAGCUCAGACUCGGCUCCGAGCACCAUCCAGCCACGCCAUAUCGAGGACUACGUGGCGAAUGUGGUGACGGCAGCGCGGCUUCGAGCGUGGCUGGAGGUCAAUGCGGAGAGCUCGGGCGCGGUAGCGGUGCCGAUGGCGUACAAGGGCUCACAGACUCGGAUCGCCUCAUUUUGUGGCGUGGCUGAGGCCGAGGUUCUUGACUGGACAGGCUUGGUUCGCGAAGCACUGUGCUUUGGCUGGAUCGACUCGACAACUCGCAAGCUGGAUCCGGGCGUCCUGCGGUGCGUCGACCUGCAUCCGCGCAAGCCGGGCUCGGGUUGGUCGGCGCUCAACAAGCGGACCAUUGCUGAGCUCGAGGCAUCGGGGCGCAUGACUGCCCGCGGUGCUUCCGUCAUUGCUGCCGCCAAGGCUGACGGUUCGUGGGCGCGGCUAGACAACAUCGAAGCCCUGGUCGUGCCUGCCGACCUGCAGGCCGCGCUCGAAGCCGCCGGUCCGCUCGCAGUAGAGACUUGGCAGGCGCACCCCAAGUCGGUGAUCAAGGGAUCGCUCAGCAAGGUGUACUUGUGCAAGCGUCCCGCCACCCGGCGCAAAUGGAUCGCCACCAUUGUUGCCGACGCCGCCGUUGGCAAGCGACCAGGCUUUUUCUCGUAG